UUGUGUCUUGGAUACAGUGCGUAAAUAAAGAUACCACACAUACAUAUCUGCAAAAAGCAAGAAUUUGUUCAACUGACGAAAGAUCCUUCGAAACAUGAUUGGACGCAAGGAUUCCUUGUUGAGUUAUCUCUAGAUCCGGAUUAAAAGACUCGCUUGCCCUAUCUCAGUGUUCUUUAGCCCUUCGUGCCAAUAAUCUCUGGGGACUUCUUGGUCACAGCGUUGCCUUGGUUUCCAGCUGGAUUCGCACUUCUAAACUGUUGAAUUCACUGAUGGUUGGGCCUUGCUCGUUGCCAAUCUAAGAAGGACUUUUCUUCACGUGAACAGUUCUCUAUCAUCGUCCAUCAAUAUUAUAUACUAACAUCAUCAACGAAGCAAUGAAGGCUAAUCCGGCUUUGGACAAUUCACUUCGGCAUUUGCUGACCACGUCUUCAAUAACGAGGGAGAACUCUGUCCCAGGAGGAAAUUAUCGUCCUGAGCUGAAAAUCAUGUUUAAGGUCCCAUGGGUAUUCUUGAAGAUUCCUAGUUUAUCCACUCGAGGAAUUGACAGCCGCCGGAGCUUAGUUAGGUACUUGAAGGCCAACCAGGAAACUUAUGUCUGUGGGGGUCAUCGCGUUCUGACCCGUGAUAUUUGGAAUAUCAUGCCAAAUGAACUUGAAACGGUCAUAGCUUUAGCCAGGAUACUGCAUUCUCACCCUGUCGUCAGUAUUGAGAGUCUCUUAACAAUCAUCAAAAGGGAUGAAGUUAUUCAAACUAGACUACGCAACGUCCUGAGUAUUCAAGAGUUUCUUUCCCUCUAUUCGAAUUUCUUUGGUGUUGAUGAAAAUGGAGCAAUAACGACGACAAUCAAAGCCCAUCCGUUGAAUGCCAAUGAGAAAAAAGAAACAACGAAAGUGAACAGUCUCGUUGCUAUGGAAUUUAUCCAAGGCUUCUUCGAAACACACAAGGAUCUGAAGUCUUGCCCCAAUUAUCUUCCAGUAAUUCAUGUGAAACUUCAGUCACGUGGAUUUGGGAUCACCCUUUCUCAGCUUCAAAAAUUUAUCGAGCAAUUCUAUCAGUUCCAUCCAACAUCCGAAUGGGAAAUACCCCAGAGGUUAGAGCCACAUCCCUCCCGAUCAGGAUCAGAAGAUGUUGUUGCAACAAUGAUUCCUGAAAUUUUGAAAGGCUGGCCAAUUAACAUGGGUCAAGUUCGGACGGAAUUGGAACAUCAUGGAGUCACAAUGAACAACUCUUCGUUAAGGAAUUUGAUUGAGACGCGUUUCCCUGACUAUAUCAUUCGAAAUGGCAUCGUCUCACAAGACCACGAAGCGUACUUGAGACCGAUCCAAAAGAUCUUGACUGAUCAAUGUCCGAUGACCAUAUCCGAACUUCGCAUGCUCUUAAUUACACAGGGAUUGGCUUUAUCACGGAAAGUUUUGAACGAAGUGAUAGUCAAAAGCUUGGAUGAUUAUUUCAUUUCUCAAGGACAAAUAUAUUUACCUACCUCAAAUGGCAGAAAUGGGGAGACCAUGGCAGAUUUUGUGUUGGAAAAACUCCAUGAACUCGUUGAAGGCCUUUGCCCGCUCUUGUUGGACGAUCUUCCAGCCCAACUUGCCAUCAAAGGAAUCGAAAUCAGCAAAAAGAAAGUGAAGAUGAUAAUAGCCGAGUCGUCAACGCUCUACAAAUGCCGAGGCAACUAUUUGUUGGUGAACGAAAUUCCACAACCCCUGCCGACGGCUGGUAAUCCUCAGUCAUUGAUCGAAUUGGUCACAUUCAUAAAGUCUUUGAAAACAAAUCAAGACCACUUGACCGUGGAUUCAAGUGGAAGAGGCCUUUUCAAAAAAGCAUUUUUGGACAGCCUUCUCGGUAAUAAUGCGAUCUACCAACAAUUGCAAAGUUUUAUUGUAACCGAAGAUGGAAUUGGAAUUGCUCACGAGUUGCAUUAUGAAUCCAAUCUGGCUUCUACCUCAUCUCCUGAUCCCAAAACCACAUCUAUAACAACCGAUGCUUUCCUAAACGAAGCUCCAAGCCAGGGGAUUAUGAAGUCUUCUGAAAACCAACAAUCUGCUGAUCCUCCUCCAGACAACCUGCUUUCCGUUCAUCCUGUCAAGCCAUCCCCAGAAGCUUUGGUAACACUUCCUGUGCCUUCAAAUUCAUCAGAUGAUCCAUCUGAUGGAACGUCGAGCGUUCAGUCAAACGAAAACAAGGCAAUAGCUGAAAGAAAUCCGGAUGAUAUGGUCUUGAACCAUGAAACUGUCAAGAAACAAUUUCCUGAGUGGGAUCUAUAUUUAGAAGAGGCCAUGGACAUCGCGGCAGAUGGAGUGAACACUACCAAUGUUGAAAUCGAAGCGCCAAGUCCGACAAGAGAAUCAACAAAUGUUCUCUUAGAGCCAAUUCAAUCUCGAGGCUCAAGAUCUGUUCUUCGACGAUUUUCUGAUCGAGAAAAAAUGAGCAAGGACAAUGAUAAUUGCAUUCUGUCCUAAAUUGUGAUUGACCCUUGGGUGAUAUGAUUUUGUAUAAAACAUCAGAGCACUGUAGUAAAAUAUAUACUUCAA